CACCAGCCAUUGCGAACACAACCACUCCACUCCGACCGCGAAACAUCACCCAUCAUGCGUGCCACACUCGUCCGAAGGGCAGGGAUGCCUCAAUUCCCUGGCAUGUACCGCAAGAACAACGUGCCAGCCUGGCAACGUCUCCACCAGACUCACGAUGGCGUCAGACAAUGGAACAAGGGUCCACGUGCCAAGUACAUGCUCUACCCAUACUACGGUCUUCUGAUCGCGACUACUGCUGCUUCGCAGUACAUGAUGUUCCGCAUGGUCUUUGGCAAGAAGACGUGGUUCUAGAUGCACCAGGGAACGCGCUGAGGAAGAGUAGAAACGACAUGGCUCCGGAUAGGCAGUGCAAAGAAGUACGUGUAUAGAUCAGCCAGUAUCGAGGACUACGGAUUUCUUUUGUGUUGAGGAACUACGCCGCACUACCAUUCCGCCUGGCGACAUCUCUAUAUGCUGCUAUCGUCCUAUCCCUCUUCGGCCGCUCCAUUCCUGUAUUUGGACGGCGUGCCGCUCAGCGUCUAUCCCGGCUCAGCGCCCAAAUUCCGAUGACCUUUACUCCUGGGGUAUGAUAUGGGAAUCUCCCGUCAUGACUUCGUCAAACAUGCCGUUGUGAGCGUAAUGACUUUCUAGCUCGUUCAACGUCUGAGACCAGCAUUGAGCCAAUCACUUCUGCAAGGACUUCUUGAUAUUGUGAAAGAAUGCAAAUAGAGAGCCGCCCAAUCUUAAAGGUAAGUUAGCAGAAUGUAAGUACUU